AUGCCUUGGAUUGAUACGAUCCUAGAGCAGUUUGAGUCUGUUACUCGUUUCACUACAGACGAAUCUGAAUAUUAUGGGCCAUACAACACCCUCCUUACGGAUCUUUUUCCCCACACCGAGCAUUAUGAGGUGAUGCCUCAGUACAAGGGACCGAUGGCAGUGUCCUAUAUUUUGAAAUCAAGCCUUUCCCUCAUUUCCACGAGAGUUUCACCCGAUCCAAAGCAGACCAGCAGAUGCGCAACACUUUUGAAAGCCUCAUUGGCCGAAAUCUUGUUGUGCCUAAAUUGUACGCCAUCAGUGCGAUGGGCACGCGCUUUUCCGUGUACGAGUACGAUAAAGAGACCAAUGCCCUCUCACCGCCUUCCACUCCCCGCCAUCCAACUUUUGUGACAGAUGUCGCUCCGGCUUCUCGGUGGAAUUAUGAAUUGCUAGAAGUUGAAGGAGAGCGAAAGAUGAGGGAAUUAGUGUCGGAGGUCAAACGUAUGUGUCAAGUUAUAAUAGGAUGUACGUCUUUCGUGGUUGUCUUCGCUGAUCCAACUUACUGAGAUCAGUUCUGUGUUCGUGUCCUGUGCUCAACAAUGUCAUCGGUCCGACUCCAAGAAGAUAGCCUGCUCAACUGGUGGUCGUAUUUUGUUGGUCUAAUUAUAUGUCCCAGCUGAGUGUUUCUCUCUUUUCUGGUUAAAUCCGACAGGCGAAGAUGACAGAACAGCGGUAAUUAUGCAUGUUGUUUCAAUUCAAAGGACGUGGGCAGCAAUGA